AUGCCUCUGAACCCAGGUGCGUCUGUUGCGGUGAUUGGCGCUGGUGCUGCCGGACUAGUGGCAGUACGGAUCUUUCGUGACGCGGGUUUCCGCGUGACUGCAUUCGAGUGCAGCGAAACCGUCGGCGGCACUUGGAACUACCAAGAUGUUGCGAACGAGCCUGACCUAGCACGGGCCGCAAGCCGCAGACUCGAGUCGACAACGACGACAGAGACGCCAUCUUCGGAGGUUUUCAGGCAGGUGCCAGAACAGACGACUAGGCUCGCUGCACUGCCGCCGGUGCAGUCGUCUAUCUACGCGGGUCUGCGAACGAACUUGCCCAGGCAAGUUAUGCAGUUUUCCGAUGCUCCGUUUCCAGAGCAUUUGCCUUCAUUCAUAGGCCAUCGCGAUGUUCAGCGCUAUAUGGUAGACUAUGCUCGACGACACAACCUGGAGCGCCACAUACGCUUCGGUGUCUGGGUGCAGCGCGUGCAGCCGGUCUCGAACGACGUUUGGAGUCGCUACCUGGUGACGUUCUCGUCCUCGAAAAGCCCGGAGGCAUGCACACAAGCAUUCGAUGCUGUUUGCGUCUGCAACGGGCACUACAGCGUGCCACAAAUACCUGCUGAGCCGUACUCAGAGCCUGCGGAUGGCACGGAGUACAUUCCUGGUCUCACUGACGGAACAUUUUGUCCUGGUGUUGUGCGGCACAGUCAUUACUAUCGGGAUGCAGAAAAGUAUCGCGAUUUGCGGGUAAUCUGCUUAGGAGCUGGUCCCUCCGGAGUGGAUAUCAGUCUAGAGAUCGCUGAAUAUGCCAGAAAACCUGUCUAUCUCUCGUGUCGAGCGGUGAAGCAAAUGCCCUCAGAUAGCGCCACGGAGCAGUACGGAGUUCUCCAGGUACCGCGACUUGUCGCUGUCAUUGGUCCACGCACCGUGCAACUCGCGGACGGCAGCAUUCUGCACGACAUUGACGUGAUCAUGCUUUGCACCGGCUAUCGAUACUCGUUUCCGUUUCUGACCGAAGCGUGCGGUAUAUCGGUGACGCUGCAGGGACGUGUCGUCACGCCGCUCUACCGCCAUCUGAUUCCAGUGUCCAGGUGGACGCUACCGCUCAUAGGUAUACCAUAUGCGGUGGUACCGUUUCCAUUGUUUGAAUUCCAGGCUCGUUAUGUAGCUGCGGUCUUCCAAGGUCGCGUCCAGUUGCCGGAAAUGAACGCAAUGCAGGCUGCGAUUCUAGAAGAGAAACAGGUGCAGCAAAGCUUUGGGUUACAGGCAAAACAUUUUCAUCGACUCGGUGAUCGCCAGUGGGCCUACAACCGCGAGCUUGCGGAUGCUGUUGGAGUCAAGGGACCGACCUUGGCCGUUCAGUCUGUGUACAACGAUGCAGGCACACAUCGGAAACUCGAUCCGAAACAUUAUCGAGAGCGCGAAUAUCGUAUAUUUGGUGACGGCCCAGAGGACUGGGAAGUACAGAGCCCGGCGAUGGUACAGCUGGAUGCGAAAUCCAGUAAGAAGGGAAAGCAUCCAACCAGGUCGAAAGAAGCAGCUAUUGAGACAAGCGCUGAGUUUUCCGCUGGACUCUAA